GAGACAAACACCUUAUUCUUUUGAUUUUGCUACAUUUUUUCUGUCGUGAUUCGCAUUCGACUUCUCAAGGUAUAAGUAGAUGUAUUAUCGUUUUGGUGUUCAUGUAAAGACAUUCACAAAAUACAACGCUCAAUUUUUUAUCUUGCAUAGGCUGCGGUGAAAUGUAAACAGAUGAAUGAGUAAACGCAAACAUAAGUUAAUUUUAUUAUUCGUCGGAUCUUACGUCAUAAUCAUUUUCUGUCUGAGCUUACAUUUCAUACACAGAAGCUAUUCCGGAUUCAACGAGACGAAUAUUGUGUACAUUCAAGGUCAUACGUACAAAGUAAUUCAACAUAAACCUAAAGUACACUGGUGUCAACCGUUGAAAUUUCUGAAAACCCGCUCAAAAAGACCGAUCACUGCUUUAGCCUCUUUUCCCGGUAGCGGCAAUACCUGGCUUCGUUAUUUAUUACAGCAAGCAACAGGCAUAUUGACGGGCUCCGUUUAUAAAGAUUACGGUUUACUAUGGAAUGGGUUAUUCGGAGAAUCGGUAACGAACCAAAGUGUCAGCGUAGUGAAAACUCACGAAUGGGGACCAGCGACACGAAAGCUCUUCGACAGAGCUGUAUUAUUAAUACGGUCACCGGGACCAGCUAUAUUGGCCGAGUUUAAUAGGAGAAGCGGAGGUCAUCUUGGAUACGCCUCCGCUGAAAGAUUUACACGCCAUAAUGGCAAAGAAUGGUCGAUGUUUGUCAUGGAACAUUUAGAAGGAUGGCGAUCGAUGAAUUCAGAUUGGAUACAAAAUUAUGAAAAACCUUUGUUGAUCGUUCAUUACGAAGAAUUAAUACUUCAACCGAAGAAAAAUAUUGAAAACAUCAUCAAAUUUUUAGGUUUACCGAUAAACAAACAACAUAUAAGGUGUAUGAUGAGGCGAAAAGAGGGUAUUUAUCGCAGACGGAAGCCUUAUUUACCCUUUAAUCCUUUUACUUCGGAGUUGAAUAAUGUUUUGGAGAAUCAAAAGAAAGUAAUUUACAAUGAAAUCAAAAAACGUAAAAUACAUUCGCAACGAACCACAGCAUUAUCCGUUAAAACGGAAUCUGAUGUAAUACCGGUAGAUAAUUAAUAUUAAUUUUGGUCGUGAUAAAACGUUGAUUUUAUUUAAACGUAGUUCAGUAUUACCGACGAAAAAUUUGUACGCAUUGUUUCUUUACCUGUUGCUAUAAAUUUAAUUAUUAUUAAAACCAUUUUUUCACGUA